GGUUCUCUUGUAAUUACAAAGCAUGGCAAAUUAUGGACGCUGUUACUACAACUCCCAUGAACCCAGAGAAAGGGGUGAGGUAGGAGAGCCUAUCAGAAGUCACGAAGAAGACUUCGGGGAAGGCCAUGUGAUCAGGACACCCUUCCCCCCCUGCCCGCUGCGUCGUGCUGGGCUGAUGUUUUCAGAACCGUAUUAGGGAUAAAAACUAACUGAAGAGAUCAUGGCUUUGAAAGAAGUUUCUAGCAAUAAAUGUUUUGAGGGUUUUCAGAAGGUGUUUGAACAUGACAGUGCUGUGCUGAAAUGUAAAAUGAAGUUUGGGAUUUAUCUACCCCCAAAGGCAAAAACUGAGAAAUGUCCUGUGCUGUAUUGGCUCUCAGGCUUAACAUGCACAGAACAAAAUUUCAUCACAAAAGCAGCCUUCCAUCAAGCUGCAGCUGAACACGGCCUUGUUGUGGUUGCUCCGGAUACCAGCCCACGUGGAUGCAGUAUUAAAGGCGAAGACGAGAGCUGGGAUUUUGGCACUGGUGCUGGCUUUUAUGUGGAUGCCACUGAAGAACCAUGGAAAACCAAUUAUCGGAUGUAUUCUUACAUAAAGGAUGAGCUGCCUAAUCUGAUAAAUGCCAAUUUUCCGGUUGACUCUGAGAGAAUGUCUAUUUCAGGACAUUCAAUGGGAGGUCAUGGAGCUCUCAUCCUUGCUUUGAAGAACCCUGGAAAAUAUAAAUCCGUUUCAGCGUUUGCUCCAAUCUGCAACCCUGUUCAGUGCCCCUGGGGGAAGAAAGCUUUCAGUGGAUACCUAGGAUCAAAUGUUACUGCAUGGGAGGCAUAUGAUGCCACGCACAUUGCAAAGUCCUACCAAGGUUCCCCUCUGGAUAUUCUAAUUGAUCAAGGCAAAGAUGACCAGUUCCUUUCAGCCGGGCAGUUGCUGCCUGAUAAUUUCAUUGCUGCCUGCACAGAGUGUAAGGUCCCCGUGGUCUUCAGAAUGCAGCAGGGCUAUGAUCACAGUUACUACUUCAUAACAACAUUCAUUAACGACCAUAUCAGACACCAUGCGAAAUACCUCAACGCUUGACUGAAGCCCUGCAGUGAGUGACCUUUGAUCAUACAAGAUAAUGGAAAGUAUCAGUGGAAAUUUUCAGCCAGAAUGAUUUGCAUCAUUCAUGCCCAUUGAAAUGUGAUCCUGAUUUUCUCCCUGGUCUUUGAAUAAAUAUUUUUUUAAAAGUUU